AUGGAGCAGGCUUGGAUACUGAGGACUUUGUUGGAGGAGUUAGGUACAGAGGAGGCGGAGGACCAGGAAGCACCUGAUGGCAUCGCUGCACAGUUUGCCAAGCUGAGAAGUCAAUCCAUAAAGUAUCGCACUGACAAAAGAUAUUCCACCAAAGCAGCAGAGAAAUCGGACAACUUCAAGAAAAACCGAUACAAAGACAUUCUACCUUUUGACCACAGCCGAGUGAAGCUAACAUUCACCACAUCCAAAAAUGACACUGAUUACAUCAAUGCAAGCUUCAUCAAGGGAGUGAGUGGCUCCAGGGCGUACAUAGCCACACAGGGCCCACUGCCACACACAACACUGGACUUUCUACGCAUGCUGUGGGAAUAUGACAUCAAGGUUGUGGUGAUGGCGUGCAGAGAGUUUGAGAUGGGAAAGAAAAAGUGUGAGUGUUACUGGCCAAAAGAACAAGACGAGCCGUAUACCUGCGAACCCUUUACCAUUUACUGUGACUCAGAGGAAAAUAAAGGCGAUUAUGUGACAAGGAUGUUGAGAGUGAAUUAUCGCAAUUGCAGCCGGAGCCUGGUGCAGCUGCAUUAUGUGAACUGGCCGGACCAUGGCGUCCCGGACUCCAUCCCCCCCAUCCUCGACAUGCUGCAAGAGAUGCGCUUGUACCAAGACCAUGACAACACCCCCCUAUGUAUACACUGCAGUGCUGGCUGUGGUCGAACUGGAGUCCUGUGCGUCAUCGAUUAUACAUGGAACCUCUUAAAGAAACAGAUGAUCACCUCAGAUUUUAAUAUUUAUGACCUGGUGCAAAACAUGAGAACCCAGAGGCCGUCCGUGGUCCAGACUAAGGAACAGUACGAGCUGGUGUACAGAACCAUCAGGCUCCUGUUCCAGAGAUUUUUGGAUUCAGAGGAUUCACGGGAGCCGGGCAGCGAGGUGGACACAGACGAGGCAGUCCUGGCAGAACUAGGAAGCAAGGGUUAUGACAUGAAUCAACACGACAUGGACACAGAGCUACAAAACCUACUUCUGACCUCAGACCAUUCACCAGAAACUGUUCAUAGAAACACAACGAAGACCAACCACUUGUGGCAGUACCCUGUGGACCUGCAGGUGACAUCUUUUUUCACUGAAAUCCCAAAGAGCACUUCUCCACAAGAGCUGAACCCACACACACCAGAGGAGAGGACAGAGGAGGACAGUGAGGCCAUAGUCCACCUGCUGUCAUCGCCUGCUGCUGUGGUGUCUAUGGUGGAGGAUCCAUAUUUUGAUGAUCCCGCAGAAGAAGCCUCUCCGACCCUGGGCUCAGCCUCUGGGACCCCCUCGAUUAGUCUCAAUGACCAGCCUCUACAAGUCUUCAGCUUCACGGACUCCGGAACAUUAGACAUCCACUCUGACGAUGAGAUCCCUCCUCCUCUUCCCGAUAGAACUCCUGAAUCUUUUGAAAUUCCUAAUAACACAGAGCCAGGCAUGAGAUUAGCUGUUGUCAUUCCUCCAAACGCUGCGGCUGCUGCUAUCAGGGAGUUGAGAGGUAGUCCCACAUCUCCGACUCCUCCUCUUCCAGACAGAACUCCAGAAUCGUUUGAAUUAGCAACAGAUCUCGCUCCAGCAGAAGAGAAGGAGGCGACACCUGCUGUGAACCUGAAACCCCUGGGUCUCUCGUCAGAGUGGUCCGGCAGCUCUGGGGCAGAUCAUCAUAAAACAGAAUCUUUUGUGAGGGAUAAAAGUCUACGAGCAAAUAUGACUGUUUCAGCUAGUCCCCCAUCACCGGUCCCUCCCCUUCCAGACAGAACUCCAGAGUCUUUUGAGUUUGUCACAGAUCCUGCUCCAGAAGAGGAGAGGGUGAAGCAGACACCUCCUGUGAACUUGGAUCUCCUGGGGGUCUCGUCAGAGUGGUCCGGGAGCUCUGGGGCCGAUCCAGAAACUAAGACUUUUGUGAGGAGUAAGAGUCUAAGAGCCAAAAUGACUUUUUCAGAAUUCUCACCACCGAAGAAAAGCUCAAACACCAACUCAAAAUUCUCCCGGACACAGCCCCUGGAGUUACCGCCACCUCCUCCUCCCCCAGUCCAGGAGCUGAAGAGCCAUGGUCCACAGGCUGAACAUAUGGCACAGCCCACGCACAGGGUCGGCAUGUCCUCAGAGUGGAAUGGAGCCACGCAGACCAAGAAAUUCCUCGAUGCCGUCUGGAACCGAAGCAGGAGUGUUCGAGUAAAAGGGUCUUCCAGAGAAUCCCAGAGCAUCCCUCGGCCUCAGACUGCUCCUCCUGCAGCCGAGGCCAGUCUGACCACCGCUCACACAAACCCGGAAGAAGGACACAGUGUGAAUGUAGCCACUGUUGGGGCAGAAGUGUCCGAGAAGGGCAUAACCAGAUCAAAGAGUUUGAAGUUCUUUCGAAGCAAAAACAAAACUAAAGUGGAGACAUCUCGCUCUCAGCCCUCCACCCCUCCUCCAUCUUAUGAAUCGUUGGUUUCAAGAUUCAAAUUUGGAUUUGGGAAUCGCUUCGCAAAACCAAAAGGUCCCAGGAGUUAUCCAGAGACAUGGGUUUAA